UGCGUCAUCAGUCUGCGCCCGUUGGUGCUGAGACCCUGGUUUGGAGUAGGAAGUGUGUCUACUGUCGCUUUCUGAUGAGAUCAUUGGCCGUGGCAGUGGGACCUGAGUGGCACCUGGCCUUUGAAGGUAGCUACUUGUACCCUAACUCGAGUUCUUUUGCAGACAGAAGGUUCGAGGGACUUAUUUGCCACAUGUGCACAUUCUGAGAACAAGCUGUUGAAUCGGCUGUCAAUAAUGGGAAGAACCUACAUUGUAGACGAGACUGUUGGCCAGUAUCUUUCAAGCAUCAACCUCCAGGGAAAACCUUUUGUCUCUGGUCUUUUGAUAGGACAGUGUUCAUCACAAAAGGAUUAUGUGAUUCUUGCCACUAGAACACCACCCAAAGAGGAACAGAAUGACAACCUCAAACAUCCAAAAUCUAAGUUGGAUAAUUUGGAUGAAGAAUGGGCCACAGAACAUGCUAACCAGGUGUCCAGAAUGCUCCCUGGAGGACUUGUGGUUCUUGGAGUAUUUAUUAUCACAACUUUAGAACUAGCAGAUGAUUUUCAAAAUGCCAUGCGCAGACUAAUAUUUUCUAUGGAAAAAUCUAUGAGUAGAAAAAGACUAUGGAAUGUCACAGAGGACGAGGUCUCAGAACGAGUGACACUUCACAUUUGCUCUUCUACAAAAAAAAUAUCUUGUCGAACUUACGAUGUCCACGAUCCAAAGAGUUCAGCAAGACCUGCAGAUUGGAAGUAUCAGAGUAGAGUGUCUGCCUCAUGGCUGUCUCUAGACUGUACUGUUCACGUUAACAUUCACAUCCCACUGUCGGCUACUUCUGUCACUUACACUCUGGAAAAAAUCACAAAGAGUGGACUUACACGGUGGGCCAAGCAAAUAGAAAAUGGUGUUUAUCUGAUUAAUGGACAAGUUAAAGGCAACGAUUGUGACCUAUUAGAAGGACAGAAAAAAAGUAGAGGAAAUACGCAAGCAGCUGCUCAUUCUUUUGAUGUCCGAGUGCUAACACAGUUGCUCCUGAAUUCAGACCACAGAUCCACAGCCACAGUCCAGAUCUGCAGCGGGUCUGUCAACCUUCGGGGAAAUGUGAGGUGCAAAGCUUAUAUCCAUAGCAACAGACCCAAGGUUAAAGAUGCUGUGCAGGCAGUGAAGAGAGAUAUUUUGAACACAGUUGCUGAUCGCUGUGAAAUACUAUUUGAGGACCUGCUUUUGAAUGAAACUCCAGAAAAAAAAAAUUAUGAACUUCCUCAGCGAGUUUUUGUCCCCCUUCCUGGAUCUACUAUAAUGUUGUGUGACUAUAAAUUUGGUGAUGAAUCAGCUGAAGAAAUCAGAGACCACUUUUCAGAGAUGUUAGAUCAUGAGAUUCAAAUAGAAGACUUGGAAAUUGCAGAGGAAGUAAACACAGCUUGUAUGCCUUCCUGUGUGAAUAGUGAGGCUUCACUGACCAACACAAAUGAUGAACAACCAGAGCAACCAAACAAAACCAUAGGAGUGAAAAUUCAGCAAAACAUAGGUGUGAUUGCAGCACUAGCAGUUGCAGCAUUUGCUGCGGGCAUCUCCUUCCAUUACUUCAGUGACUAGGGGAAGGCCCAAAGAGCCCCCUGAUCAUCCAGAAAUCACUGGUCCACAGCUACGAAAGCUAAGAUGUAAAUGCCCACCCCACAGAAGCCAGCACCGAGCUCUGCCUCGAUCAGGUCGUCUGUUAGAUGAUGUGUUUCUGAGGACGCACAUGUCACCGGCUGCCCUGUUAGCCCUGCUUUUACUAUCUGGCUCAGGUUCCCAAAAGUAAACUGCGCAUCUAAGUGGAGCUGCAUGGAACAAACCACUGUUCUACAUUUUCAGAAGGGUCAAAUGUGAGCUAUUUUAAGAGCUCAUUGCUAUUGAACUAGAUCACACAUUGAUCAGAAUAGUGAAGCUUCAGGCAGUCAGUAGCAACCAUAGCAGACGUAUCAUCAGUAGUUUUCUGGUAAGUUCAUCUAGAGGACUUUUCUAAUAUACACCCAGUUGCAGUAUACAGACAUUGAUUAAAUUGGAGGCCAUGAAUACUAUUCUAAGCAUA